AUGGAAGAAGGACUGAAUUGUGCUGAAGAGGGACUGAGUGGCCCUAUGGUGGUAUUGGAUAAUACGGUGGAGGCACCAGAUUGUACUAUGGUAGUACCGAGUGAUGCGGUUGGGGCACCAGACCAUACUAUGGUGGUUCUGGAUGAUGGACUUAAAACAAUUGAAGGAAGGUGUGCUGGUGGUGUGUACAACAGAAUUGCACCGGGCACGUCGAUUCUUGUAAAUAAAUGCGUGGCAUUUGCAGUUGAGGAUGUUCACCAAUAUGCUUCAUUUUCUGAGAUGUUGGAAGCUGAGGGUUUAGCAAAAGUCCUUCCUGGAGUUGAAACUGUUGAGGAAGGUGUGCAAGUAUAUAGGAAGUUUUAUACUGAGGAGAAGGAAAGGUCCAAUGGUGUCAUUGCAAUCUGUGUUUCUAAAUUGGCGGCUCAGCCCUACAUCAUUUUGGCGAGCUUAUUGGCUGGAUUGAGUUAUGCAGGUAUACAAAGCCUUCUGGGUGUUGCACAUACUGCUGGAACAGUGUUCGAUGCUCUUCCCCCACCAAGAUCUACUCUUCUCUCAUCAUUCACUUUGCCAUAUAAAGCAAAUGUCAAAGGUGCAAGCUUGACACAUGGAGCAAGGGAGUUCACAAAGCAUGUUCAUAGGAGUAGUGACAAAUUUUGGGGUAUUGUAAGUGGAAACGAUUUGGAUAAAAAUAAGCAUGCAGUGGCUGUCAUAUAUUACUUGAUAGCUAAUUGUUGCUGGCUUAAUGUGCAUGUUGUUCAACCACAUGGAGCUGUGUUUGAAAUUAGGGUAGCUGAUGGUUAUGGUGCACGAUGGUCCAACAAUGGAACGAAGUUCAUAGGAUUUGUUGAGCCGUACGUGGAGGAUGGUCACUCAAGGGGAUGGAGGCACUAGAAUGACUUGCGGAAUAUCUUUUGCUGCAUUGGUCCUUACUUUGAUGCCUUCUUAUCGUAUGCCCACUCUUUUAACUUAUUCUCUUUCAUUAUCAUGAUACAAUGUACUUCUAAGUGAUUAGAUUGAGGAAAUUAGCAUUCCAUUAUAUUACGAUUCCGUGGAGCUCAGACCAUUUCCAAUUUAUAUUCUUGUUGUAUUAAGUGGGAUGUAUUCAUUGUGUUACUGCUAAGAUUUGAUUUUUGUUGGUUAGAGAUUAGUUGUACAAGUGGGUGCAUGUCUGUUUCCCCCCCUUGAUAGAUUGUGUGAGUACUAUUUUUAUGGUAAGAGAAUCAUGGUGGCAA